CAAGUGGCCACGCCCAUGGUGGUGAAGAAGAUUCUAGACCUGAAGCAGCAGAACCCCUCCAUCUUCGCCUGGGAGAUCCGGGACCAGCUGCUCUCCCAGCGCGUGUGUGACGACACGACCAUCCCCAGCGUCAGCUCCAUCAACAGGAUCCUCAGGAACGCCUCGUCCACGGCCCAGACAUGCCGGGCUCACCUGGGGCCUUUGACGUCAUGGCCAGGUUCCCCGGCGCCUACCCCCAGCCUCACCUACCCCUGGUGCCCCUCUCCCAGUACCAGCACGCCUGGUACUCCCCACCUCUCCGUCCCCGGGCUCUCCUACCCCCGUCUUGUCCAGCCGCUGACGGCAGAGGGGAGGAGUGACGUCAGCUACGAGGGCCCCAGGAGGGACCUGAGCCCACGACCCGGGGACGGGGCAGUGUGUGACGGGGACUGCACGGACUGUGACUCGGGGAAAUCCCCACCACAGAAGAAACGAAAGGCUGGCAGUCGGACAGACACAGAGGUCAAAUCAAAGUCCAGAAGAGGUCAAGACGCGGACAGCGACAAGCCGUCCAGCAGUGCGGCGUCCGAUGCCGCAUGCCACGACAGAUGCGACGCUGACCAGCCCAUCGACGUAGAGGACACCAUGUCCAGCGAGGAGGACACACAGAGCGUGGGUCACCCCGAGAGCAAAGGUCACGGCCUCUGCAGCCCGGACGUCACGGAGGUCAGCACUUCACCGGACCCGACGCGCGGGAGGGGUAAGAGAAGAGACACGGUAGAGGAACAACGGCUCGCAUUCCAACCCAACACAAGAAAAACAGAGUCUGAAAGUGCCAAGACAAGCUCCGACCCCCGGCCGUUUUAUCGACGCUUCUGCACCUCACCCCCAGCCUCGCCACAGGCGCCGCCCCUGAUUUACUCAUCAAGACCGUAUCAACCAGAACCUUCCCCGUCGACGUUUCCCAUCAAACCCCGCGCCGCCCUGCACCCAGCGUUGAACAGCUACGCUCCACUUGGCCUACCCAACGCUGGCCAGAUCCUGGAGACCAAGUUGGCCCUGUUGAACAGUUACGGCUUCACGGCCAACCGGUUCCCGGGGUUCGGCCUGGCGCCCGACCCCAGACUCUGCUUCACCAGCCCGAGCUUCUUGCCUCUGAUUGGCCAGUCCAUGACCUCGUUCUGUACCAGCUCUCCGUCUUUGGUCUCCAUGUUUCCCUUACAGCUGAAAGACCACGGACCGGUUGUGACGUCAAUGUCCCCCACAUAGCCGGACGUUCUCUAAAUAAACUAAUCCAACCAAUCAGCAAUGCAGAAAUU